AUCUAUCGAUGUCAUACAACAUACAGAUUCUUGCUCAGGAAGAUAAAUCUCCAGAAAUUCACGUGUCCGAUUGGCAGUGCACCAAGUGUGAUGCCGUCUUCCCGCAGAAGAACAUCGCCCGGUUGCAUCUCCGCGUCAGACACACUUUCAAGCUCUUCGCCUCUCGUGCUGAGGUAUGUGUUGCUGUCCAUCGAACGUAACGACACCGCCGA